AUGAAUAGAAGAGAUAAUAAAAUAGUUGAAAAUAAAAACAAUAUAUGUAAAUUUAGUCAUUUAGAAUUAAAAAAUAAAAAGGGAAUUUUGGAAAAUAAUUUAAAGGGUAACUAUAAAUUAAUAUCUAGCAAUAAAGAAAAGAAUAAUGGAAAAUCAUUUUUUUUAAGUAAAAAUAAUAAGAUAAAUGAUAAUAAUUAUUCAAAGCAGUUGAAUACAAAAGAUAAAAAGAAUUUAAUUACUAAUGGCAAUAUAGAUAAAUUAACUAUUAAAGAUUAUUACAAUAAAGGGAUUGAAAAGAAAAUAAAUAAAGAAUUGUUUAAUACCAAUUUUAAAAAAAAACAAACGUGUCUUAUUGCUUCUAAUAACAGAAAAAGUGAUGUUAGAAAGGAUAAAGAAAUAUUUAACAUAAAAAAAAAUUCUUCUGUAUAUAAUAAUAAAAGAAGUUACUAUUUAUCUGAAAGUCGUUUGAAACCAAUCAUUCAAAAUGAUAAUAAUGAAAAAAAAAUUAAUUUAAUUACUUUGGAUAAUGAUGAAAUAAAAAAUUAUGAAGAUAAUAAAAACCUCUUAACUAAAAAUGAAAAUAAUAAUAAUAAUAAUAUAAUAACUGGUGUUGAAGAAAAUCAAAAGUAUAAAGAAAUAAAUAAAAAAAAAAAACAUAUAAUUGAAUUAAAAAACGAAAAGGAGAAAAAUACAUAUUAUAUAAAUAAUGAAUUAAAGACAAAAAAAAUAAAAGAAAUUGAGAACUUAAAAAAAAAAAAAAAUAUAAAUGUAAAUAAUGAAGAAAAAAAUAAAUCAAUUUCCAAUAGUGAUGAAAUAGUCUUUAACAGCGAUACAAAUAAUGAAAUGAUAGUUGAAAAUGAUAGUAAAACAACUUUAACUCUUGAAGAUAUGAAAUUUAAAGAUAAAGACAAUAAUUUUUUGAAUAAAGAAAACAUAUGUAAUAAAAUAAUAAUAAAAAAAAAUAAAAACAAUAAAAUAAUAAAUAAAGUAGACGAAUGUAACAUAAGUAAAAAUUCUAAAAUUAUUUAUUUAGAUAAAAAAUUAGAUAAAAAUUUUAUAAAUUCAAAUAGUUAUAAUAAAGAAACAUAUAAUGCUAAUAUAUUUCCAAAAUUAUAUAAUAAAAAUAAUUUACAAAAUUUUAAUGAUACAAAAAAUUUAAAUUAUAAAAAUAUAAAAGAAAAAAAUUCAUAUGAUAUAGAAGUAAUAAAGAAAAAUACAAAUGAAUAUAUAUCAAAUAAUAGUAAGAUUCAUAAUAAGAAAGAAUAUUUAAUAAAAAGCAAUAUAAUUAGCUCAAUAAACAAUUCUAAUAAUAAUAACAAUACUAAUAAAAUUGAAAUUAUUAAAAAGAAUAAUAGUUAUUUGAAUAAAACAAUAAAAAUUAAUUGCAAAAGUUCAUUUUCUAAUGUGAACAAAUUACCUAUUUAUACUAACAAUAUGAAGAUCAAUAAAAAAUAUGCACAUAAUAAAAAUAAUACAAAAAACUAUUAUAAUUAUAAUAGUAGAGAAUGUGAUAAUUCAGUAAGUUUCGAUAAUAAAAAGGAUAAUUAUACUUAUAAAAAAUUAAAUAAUAUAAAGAAUAAUAACGUAAAUAUACAUAAAGAAAGAAUAAAAGAACUAAAAAUGAAUAAACUUAAUGAUAAAAGCAAAAAUGAUAUAAAUAGUGUAAAUACAAGUAAAAAAGACUACAAAAAAGGUUCAGACAUAAACAGUGAUAGUAAUUAUCAUAGAAAUGAUAAAUCUCUAUGUCUUUUCUCAAAAGAAAGUUUCAAUAAUUCAACUAAUAAAAAAAAUUCCAUAUACAAAAAAAAUUAUGAUAAUAAAAUUACAUGUAAUUUUUUAAAUAAUUCUAAUAGUAUGAGAAAAAACUAUUCACAUUUUUCAUGUAAUACAUCUAUUAUAAGUGAAAAUGAUUUAAAUAGAAAUUUUAAUGCAACUCUUCAAGAUAUAAACCAGGAAAAUACUACUUUCAUCAAUUUAGAAAAUAUUGAUAUUUCUAAUAUAAAAAAUGAAAAUUGUUGUGAGAUUAAUGACAUUAAUGUUUCAAAUAAAAAUAAUAAAAUGUAUGAGAAAAAUAAUUAUAAUAAUAAUUUAGAGGAAGGUUCUUCAUAUAAUGAAAUAAAGGAAACAUAUAUGAGUAGCUAUAACACAAAUACUAAUUAUGAUCAAACUAAUGAUAAGAAUUUUAGUAAAGGCAUGAUAAUAUCAGAAAAUUUCCAUAACAAUGAAUUUUUAGUUAAUAAUGAUAUACAUUUUUCAAAAGAUGAGAAUUGUAAGAAAGGAAUUUCAAUAAAAAUUAAUAAAUGUGAUAAUAAUUCGUCAUUUAAUAAUGCCAAUAAUAACAGUCUAUCUAAAAAAAGAGAGUCAACAUCUUUAAGUAUUUAUAGUAGUAUUAUGAAUUCGAAACAUGAAAAGGUAAAAAAAGGAUUAACAUUUGAAGAAAUGAGAAGAAAGAGUUUCGACGCAAUUAAUACAAACACACAUAUAAAUAGUAAUUUAAAAGAUACAAAUAGAGAUAGGAAUGAAAAUAUGAUUUUAUCUAAUGAGAAAGAUAAGAGUAAAAAAAAUUUAGCAACUAUAAAAAAUAAAACGAAUAAAUUAUUGGAAAAUCAUUCAUUGUUAAAAAAAAGAAAACUCAAUGAAAAUAAGAACGAUUUAUUUAAAUACAAUAAUUUUAACAAAAAAAAAAGAGAUAUAAAUCAUAAUGGUAAUAUUAGUGACAAUAAUUAUAAUAUUAUUAAUCAAAAUAAGAUGAAGAAACAUGAUUUUUUACAAAUAAAGCAUAGAAAUAUUAAUAAAACUAUUGAAAAACCCAAUGGAUAUGAUAAAUUAAAAUAUAUAAAUGGAAAUGUCUUAAAUGAAAAAAAAAAUAAAAAUGAAUAUGCUAUUUGUAAAAUUGAUAAUAUGAGCAAUGAUCAUAGAACAUCUAAUAGUAUCAAAAGGAAUCUUAAAAAGGAUGAAGUCAUUGUAUAUAAAAACAUUAAUGGUAUAAAGAAAAAUGAAGUAAAAAAUGGAAAUGACAAUCAGGGUAAUUUGUAUAAUAAUAAUAUCACUAAUAAUAAUAAUGAUAAUAAUAAAAAUCAUGAAAAGGAAGAUAGCCAAAAAGAUAAAGAAAAAAAAUUAAUAGAUAAUUCAGAAAAAUGCUAUUUAGUGAAUAAUAAUUCUUUAAAAAAAAAUAACAUUAGUCCUGAAGAAAAAAUUAAAAAGGGAGAUAAAUUUUUUUCAUUAAGAAAACCAUUUAAUAGUUCAAGUGAUUUAAAAAUUUUAAAUCAUAUUAGUGAACAUGAAAUCAAUAAAAAAAAAUUAGCCAAUAAAAAUACUUUAAGAAAAAAUAAAGAAAGACUAGUUCAUAUAAAUAUAAAAAAAAAUCUUUGCAAUAAAAAAGAAUUAGUUACUAGUAAUUCUCUUACUAGAAAUAUUUUAAGCCAAAGCAUUCAACUUAAAAAAAAAUUGCAUAUAAUAAAAAAUAGAGCUGAAAAUAAAAAAAUAAAUGCACAUGAAAAAAAUCAGAGUUCUAAUUUUAUGGUAUUCAAUGAUUUUUCCAAUGAUACAAUAAUUAAAGAAAAAAAUAAAAUUGUUUCAAUACAAAAUAAUGUAAAGGAUGUGAAAUGUUCUUUAAAUUUAUACAAUGAUUUCAAUAAUUUAAAUAAUAAAAGUUUAGAUAAAAAUAGUUCGAAUGAUCAUAGAGAUUUUGCUAUUGAAAAUUGUAAUAACGUACUACUAGAAGAGCAUGAUUGUGACAAAAAAAAAAAUAAUAAUAAUAAAGAAUUAAAUUCAUUGAUUAAAAGUUAUUGUUUACAUGAUAACACAAUUAAAAAUAACAAUUUAAUUAUAAACAGAAAAUUAAAUACAAAUAAUGAUAAUACUGUUGAAAAAAAUUCAAACCUUAAAAAAUCCUAUUAUGAUAAAGGUUUAUGUGAAGAUGUAAUAGAAAAUGAAAAUUAUAAAGUCGAAAAUGAAAAAUAUAAAUGUCAUGCAAUUCAAGACAAAAUAAUGGAAGAAAAUAACAACUUAGAAGAUAAUUCGAAUUGUAAAUCAUAUUAUGAAGUUAAUUCAAAUGAAAGUAAAAAAAAUGAAGAAGCAAACUAUUGUACAUAUAUUAUAAAUAAAAAUGAUCAAAAUGCUUACUAUUCGCGUACAAAGGCUGAAGAUAUAUUUUUAAAAAAAAAACAAGAGAAUGAAAAAGAUGAAAUGCUUAUAAAAAUUACAAAUAAUGUAAUGGAAUCAAAAUAUGAUAUAAAAAAUAAAAAUAUGAAUACAGAUGAAAUAGAAAAUUCGUUUCUAAUAAAAAAUAAAGAAGAAGAACUGUUAAAAGAAAAAAUUAAUAAUAAAAUGAAUAAUGAAAAUUCCUUAAAAAUUGGAACAGAAUCGAGAAAAACACAAGAUUUUAAUAAAAAUUUUAAAACUGACACUAAUCACGAUAACAAAAAUAUUAAUAGUGUUAAUAAUUUUCAUACAAAUGUAAGUUUUUCAAAAAAAAAAAUUUUUGAAAACAAAAUAAUGCACGAAUCGAAUAAAAAAAAAAAUUCAAAAAAUUAUGUACUUAAUUCUUUCAGUCAUGCAAAAAAAAAAAUCAACCCAUUUAAUGAAAAUAAUAAAAAUGAAAUAUAUGAUAACAAAUUUAUGAAUUUAAUUAUGAAACCUUAUGAUAAAAUAAAUAAUAUUCAAGAAAUUUCUUCAAAUGAUUUGCUAAAUGAAAAUUUUACUGAUUUAAUAAAAAACAAAAAUAAUUUUUGUUUUGAAAAAAAAAAAAAAAAUAUAAAUUUUUUUUACAAUAAUAAACCGAAUAUAGAAAAAAAUAAUGAGAACUUAUUAAAUCGAAAAUCGAAGGAUAAAAACAUUUCAGAAAAGCAUUUGAGCAAUAUGACAGAAUUAUCGUCCUGUAAAAAAAGAAAAAUAUUUAAUUCAUGUUUUUCAAAUUUUUCAAAUGAUGUUUUUAGCAUAUCAAAUGACUGUGCAAAUAAUAAAUUAAGUAAAAUAAAGAAUAAUGAUAAUAUUCAUUACUCGAUAAAACAUGAGAAUGACAAAAAAAUUUUAAAAUAUAAUUACUUCACGAAAUUUGAUACUAGAAAGUCAAAUAUACAUGAAAGUAAUAAAAAUUAUUGCACUUUAAAUAACUCAUUUGAAUAUAAUUUAAACGGAGAUAAUUCAAACAGAAGUGAAGAUUUAAGUGAAAAUUAUUUAAGUAAUAAUUCAGAACCUAUUUUACCAAAUAAAAAACAAAUAGAAGAUUUUAUUUCAUCUGUUGAACAUAUUUACAAUAAUAAAAAUAUUUUAAAAAAAGAAAAUUCCGAUAAUUUAAAAAAUUACUCAAUUAAAAAUGAACAAAGUUUGUUUUUAGAUAAUUAUUUUGUCAAUUCUGUUAAGAAUACUGAAAAUCUAAAUAAAUUAACCGAUUUUAAUGAUUCAUUAUAUAAUAAAUUAAAUUUUCAUUUUGAUGAAAAUAAUUGUAGUAAUAAAAAGAAAAAACAUUCUAGAUAUUCUUCUAACUCCAAUGAUAGUACUUUUUCAUUAAAUAAUGAUAUAAAUAAGCACAAUUUCAAUUUCCUGAUAAAUUCUUUAAUUUCUAAUAAUGAAGAAAAAGAAGAAAAUAUUAUUUCAAAAAAUGAUGAAGAAAAUUUUAAAAUUGAUAAAAAUUUAUUUCUCUCAAAUAGUUCAAGUAAUGAUAUAGAGAAAACAUAUAUUAAUAGUUAUUUCUCUAAUAAGCUUGAUGAAGAAGAUAAACAUGAAGAUUUCAAUUAUUAUACAUCAAAAGAUAAUGUACUUAAAAAUUUUAGUUUAAACAUAGAUAAAAAUGAAACAGAACAUAUAUGUAACGAUAAAAAUAUAUUAAAAUAUAGAUCUCUUAAUGAUAAUAAUUAUGAAUAUAAGGAUUGUGCCAGCUGUAAUCAUUAUAAUAGUAAUAAAGAUUAUAAUAAUUAUAAUGAUUAUAAUAAAGAUCCCAGUAACAAUAAUGAUGAUAAUAAUAAUAAUAAUGAUUACAAUCCAUGUAAUAAUAAUAUUGAAGCUGUAGAGAAUAAGUUAAAGAACAUGGUAUUUGAAUAUAUUCUUAAUAAUAAAUUAAAUGUUUCAAAAAAUUCAAUCACUAAAACUGAUAAAGAAACAUUAAAAAAAAAUGUUAGAAAUAAUGAUGGACUUAAAAUAAAUGAAUUCGAAGAUUUUUUAAAAGAAAAAACUUUACAUAGUAAUUCUAAAAGUAUUAUCAAAAAUAUAAAUUUUAAUGAUGACAGUUCUAAUUUUGAAAAAAAAGAAAAAUGCAAUUGUAUUAUUUGUAUAAAUAGUAAUAAUAACGAUAAUAACAAUAAUAAUAAUAAUGAUAGUACUUUAACAGAUUAUUAUCAAAGCGAUGUAAAUAAUAAUUUAAAAUCAAAUUGUAUUGAUGAUAUUUUUUGUGAUGAAAAAAAAGCUUUUAAUAAUAAUGAAUAUAAUUUUUCUCAUAUUAAAAAUUUAAUACAGAAUAUAUCCAAUUUAAACAAUGAAGAAAACAAGAAAUUUUAUGAUAAUUUUAUUAGUAAACUAUUAAAUAAUCAAUAUGAAGUAAAUAAUUUGAAAUUUAGUGAAAAUUAUAAUGAUAAUGAUAAUAAUAGUUGUGAAUGUAUCAAUAAUAAUAAUAAUGAUUCCAUCAAUGAUUAUAAUUAUAAUAAUAUUUAUAAUAAUAAUAAUAUUAAUGAUCAAAUACAUAAUGAUUUCAUAGAAAAUGGAUUAAGUGGGAAUCUCUUAAAAAAUUUAGAAAAUUAUAAAUUAAAUGAAAAAUUUUUAUCUAAAACAGAAAACAUUAAUAAAAGAGAAAAAAAAAAAGGAGACGAAAAUAUUACUUAUUCUUUAAGUUAUCCUUAUGAUAAUAUAUUAAAAAAUUUAAAUAUUAAUAAUUUAAAGAAUUGUUACGAAUCAAAGAAAAAUAUUUUUUCAAAUAACAAUAAUACUGAUUAUAAAGCGGAUAACAUAAAUUAUGAGAAUAAUUUUUUUAAUAUACAAAAAGAGUUAAGUCUUCAAAAUUAUAUUAAUAGUACAAAUAGUUUGCAAAGCUCUUAUGGAGGAGUUAAUUAUCUAAAUAACAGUAAUAAUUCGAAUAAAGAAAAAAUACCACUGGAUGAUAAAAAUUUUCCUUUUAACAACAGUAAUAUAAAAAAUGAUAGUUCUGAUACAUUUUAUAAUUUAUUACAGUACAUAAAAAAUAAUAGUAACAGUUAUAUAAAUUUUGAUAUAAAACAAGAUUAUGUGAAUGAUUAUUACGAUGAUAAUAAUGCUAAUAAUAAAUACUUUAGUUGUAAUAAUUUUACUUAUUAUAAUAUUAUGAAAAAUUAUUAUUUUGCUUUUUUUUUAGAUUUAUACAAGAAAACAAAGAAUAAUUUGUUCAAUAAUUUUUGUCAAUAUAAAAAUAAAAAUAGUGAAGAGUUAAUAAAUUUGAAUAAAUCGAUUGAUGAUAACCUAAAGGGGGAUAUAUAUAAUUGUAUUAAUCUGAAUAUAUUAAAUGAAAAUAUUUUAAAGAUACAUGAAAUUGAAAAACAUCAUUUGAAUGAGAUUAAAAAACAUCAAUUGAAUGAAAAUGAAGAUGAAAAAGUAAAUGGAUAUAAUAUUACUGAAAAGGGAAUGAAAGAAAAUGAAGUGGAUAUAAUUAAAGAAAAAUAUUAUUCUCAAAAAAAAUCAUUAAACAAAAAGGAUAAAAUGACAAAUAGCACUUCAAAGGAUCAUAAAAUAUAUUCAAAAAAUAACAAGAAAAGAAGAGAAGAUAAUAAAAAAAAAAGUGAAAAAGAAUAUGCAUACAAUUCAUCCAAGAAAAAAAACAGUAAUUCAAAAAAAAAAAAUAAUGAUUUUAAUUUUAGGGAAAAAAUGGAUUACAUGAAUGAAAUAUCAGACAAAGAUACACAACAAAUUUCUAAUUUUUUAUUUUUAGAUAAAAAUAGUGGUAUAUCUUCUAGUCAUAAGAUAUUAUACCUAGAAAAUAAAGAAAAAAAUAAAAAAAAACGUUCAAAAGUUAAUGAAUAUUAUAGUGAAACUAAUAUAGAUAAAAAUAUUUUACCAGUGAAUAUAAAGAAAUUCAUAAAUAAUUCAAAAGAUGACCUUUUCAAGAAAAUAAAUGGAAAAGUAAUUAAUGAUGAUAUAGAUAUAGAAAAUAUAAAUAAUGAAGAAAUUAUUAGCAAGGAUAUAAUAGAUAAAAGUAUAAUAAACGAUGAUAUUUUAGUUGGAAAAAUUAUUGAAGAAAAAAUAAAUAAUAAAGAUGAAUUUGCAAGUGAAGAUAUGGCUAAUAGUAACAUUGAAAAGAUAAAUGAAAAUGGAAUAAUUAAUAAAGAAAUAAUUAGUAAAGAAAAAAUAAUAAAUGAAAAUACUAUUAACGAUGAUAUACUUGUUGAAAAAAUAAAUGACGGAAAGCUUAUUAGUAAAGAAAUAAUAAAUGAAUUAAUAAUGAUGAAAGAAGAUUUAAUACAAAAUGAAAAUGAUGACAGUAAUCUGCAUAUUGAAGAUAUAAAUAAAUUGAAUUCACAAGAUAAAAGUGAAUUGGAUGAAAUUAAUUUGAAUAGAAAUAAAUUAAACGACAAUAUAUUGAAUAAAAUUGAUAUAAAUGAAAAUAAUUUUACUGAAAAUUACAAUAAUCAUAUUGUUGAAGCUGAAAAAUUAAAUAGUGACAUUCCUUAUAUAACAGAUAUUUAUAAAGAAAUGCAUAAAUCUCCUGUUAUGCCUUUAAGAAUCGAAGCCUUUCAUUCUUUAGAAGACCAAAGAUUAAUAUAUGGAAAACCAGAAUGGCAAAAAUUUUAUUGCCCAUUAUGUGAUAAAAAAUACUAUCCUCCAAAUACUUACAUUAAAAAUUAUGCACAUUAUUUAAAUGAGCAUUGGCAAAAUAGAAAAACAUUAGGUGGUUAUAUAAUUUUCCCAUGCAAAUUAAUACAUGAUAUAAAAGAAAAAACGGACACAAAAAUGAAUAAAAAAAUGAAAAAAAAAAAAAAAAUGUUUAAGGAUCCUCAUUACCAUUGUCCUUUAUGUUUACAUGUUUAUUUUAAUGAUUAUAAUUUAGUAAUUGAUCAUUGCUUGAAAUUACAUAAAUCUUCAGGUGCUGAUCCUUCUAGAACUCUUCCAUCUAAUUUAGUACAUACUCCAUUUAUAAAUAGUCGUGAUUAUUAUUCAAAACUAAGAAAAUUAGAAUCUGAAGUUGAUAUUGACAUAAGUUUAAAUGAUAAUCAUAAUAUUAUUAUAAAUGAUUCUUCUCAGAAUCACGAUAUUUCUACUCCUAAAAAACAAAAUAUUCCUAAAAUAUGUGACACAGAUACAAGUAAGAAAAAAAACAAAAAUAAUAGAAGCAGUAAAGUCAUUUUUUGUGAUGAAAUUCAAAUAAGGGAAUUUGAUAUAGAAUUAUCUAAAAUAGAAAAAUUUGGUGCAAAUAUUGGCCCUGUUUUCAUUGAUGAUCAAAAUGAAAAAAAAGAAAAAAAGGAAAACGAGAAAGAAGAAAAAAGCAGUAAAAUUGAAGAAAAGGAGAAAAAUGAAAAUGAUGAAAAAAACAGAAAUAUUGAAAAAAUUGAAAAAAUGAUAAGGGAUGAAGAUAAAAAUAAAAAUGAUGAAAAAAAUUCUAAUAAAACAUUUGAAAAUGAAAGAAUAAUAGAAGUGAAUGAAAAAUAUAAUGAAAUAGAAGUAAAAAAAAUUAAUAAAAUUGAGAAAAACUGCGAAAAAAAAACAGAGAAAAAGAAUGGAAAAAAUGAAAUAAAAAAAGUCGAGAAAUUUAAUGAAAAAAGAAUUGUAGAGAAAAAUAAAGAAAGUACUAGAGAAAAGAAUAAUAAAAUAAAUAAAAAUGAGAUUAAUACGAAAACAUAUGAAAAAGUAGUGAAUAAAAUGAUAGAUAAAGAACAAAAUGAAAAUAAGGAUCUUAAGUUUAAUAACAAGGAAGAUAUACUUGCUUCAAAAAAAAAUGCACAAUACGACAAUUUAAAUAUCAAUGACUUAGAAAAUAAUUUUUCGAAAAUAAAAUCACUCGAAAAAAAGGAGACCAAUGCUAAUAUAAAAAAAAUUAACAUAAAAAAUAAAAAAUUAGUAAAUGAGAAUAUAAAUAGCAAUAUAAUUUUAAAUGGAUUAACAAAUAUAAAUAAUGAUGAUAUAAUAAGUAAAGAAGAAUAUAAUAAUAAUAAAAUUAUAGAAUGGGGAAACGAUAAAAAUAAACUGGAAUAUGAUGAUAAUGAUAAGUUAAUAGUUGCUGAUACAAAUAAAAUAACAUAUGAUGAAAUUCAAAUGGAACAUAUUAAAAAUGAGCAAAUAAGAAAUAGUACAAAUAAAAAAAAUAAUGGAAAAAAUAAUAAUAGGAACAAGGUUUUCUCAACACUUUUUAGCAUUGAUAAAUUGUCAUCUAAUGAAAGCGGAGACAAUCUUUUUUCAUGUGUGAAUUACGAAGAAAAUUUAAAAAUUAAACAACAGCCAAUUAACGAAAUUUUACUUGAAAAUAGGAUAGAAAAUAGCAAAGAACAUGAAUUUACUCCUAAUAACAAUAAAAUAGAUAAACGUAUAAAAAAUAACAUUGAGGAUUUUCAUAAAAAAAUUAUAUCAAAAUUUAAAAGGAAAAUUAAAAUGUGUGCAAUUAAUGAGCAACAAAAAGAAUCGAAUAAAUAUGUUGGAGUUAAAUUUCAUGAAAAUAUAUACAUGCCUCCUGAAAAUAUGAUAUUAGAUUUCAAAAGUGAAAAAGAAAAAAAUAUUUUAAAAAAAGUAAUAAGAGAAAAAAAAAAAAAAAAAAUUGUAUCUAUGAAAACGAAUUGUAGACAAAGUGCUAGAAUUAAAAGCAAAAAAAAUAAAAAAAUAUAA